ACGUUUGUCUUUUGGCGUACGUUCGUUGAGUACAGAAGGAGUAGCGUGUCCUAUUGUGCGUAGCUCAAGCAAAAGUAGUGAGAAGGGGAAUGUCGGCUUGUGAAUGAUCGGUUUUUGAGACGGCAGGGAGCGUCAACACUAUGGCUCAACAAAAGAAUCUGGAAGGAUAUGUUGGCUUUGCAAGCCUCCCCAACCAAGUGUACAGAAAAUCUGUCAAGAGGGGCUUUGAAUUCACCCUGAUGGUUGUGGGUGAGUCAGGUUUGGGCAAAUCCACGUUGAUCAACUCUCUGUUCUUAACAGACCUGUAUUCAGCAGAAUAUCCUGGACCUUCACAUCGAAUCAAAAAAACUGUACAGGUGGAGCAGUCCAAAGUUUUAGUAAAAGAAGGUGGUGUCCAGCUGCUGCUCACAAUAGUGGACACCCCAGGGUUUGGAGAUGCUGUUGACAACAGCAACUGCUGGCAGCCAAUCAUCGACCACAUAGACAGCAAGUUUGAAGACUACCUGAACUCAGAAUCACGAGUGAAUAGAAGACAGAUGCCUGACAGCAGAAUCCAUUGCUGCCUGUACUUCAUUGCCCCCUCUGGACAUGGACUAAAGCCCCUGGACAUUGAGUUCAUGAAGCGGUUGCAUGAGAAAGUCAAUGUCAUCCCGCUGAUCGCUAAAGCAGACACCCUCACCCCAGAGGAAUGCCAGCAGUUCAAGAAGCAGAUCAUGCGUGAAAUCCAAGAGCACAAAAUCAAGAUCUACGAGUUUCCUGAGACAGAUGACGAAGAGGAGAACAGGCUGGUGAAGAAGAUCAAGGACAAGCUGCCGCUGGCUGUAGUAGGUAGCAACACCAUCAUCGAGGUGAAUGGCAAAAGGGUCAGAGGGAGACAAUACCCCUGGGGGGUUGCAGAAGUUGAAAACAGUGACCACUGUGACUUCACCAUCCUCAGGGAUAUGCUCAUCAGAACUCACAUGCAGGAUCUGAAGGACGUGACAAACAACGUCCACUAUGAAAACUACCGCAGCAGGAAGCUGGCCGCUGUCACAUACAACGGAGUUGACAAUAACAGGGCUAAAGGACAACUGUCCACCAAAACUGAAACAGUUGAAGGAAUGAGUCCUCUGGCCCAGAUGGAGGAAGAGAGGCGAGAGCACGUGGCUAAGAUGGAGAAAAUGGAGAUGGAGAUGGAGCAGGUGUUUGAGAUGAAAGUCAAGGAGAAAGUGCAGAAGCUCAAAGACUCCGAAGCAGAGCUUCAGCGGCGUCAUGAGCAGAUGAAGAAGAACCUGGAGGCUCAGCACAAGGACCUGGAGGAGAAGAGACGCAUGUUCGAGGAGGAGAGAGCAAACUGGGAGGCCCAGCAGCGCCUGGAGCAGCAGAAACUGGAGGCCACCAGGACUCUGGAGAAAAACAAAAAGAAAGGCAAGAUCUUUUAGUAAUGACAGUUGGAAGGACCACCCCAGCUCCAGUUAUCUGUGUUUGCCAACGUUGCUGGUCAGGAUGCCAGUGUGUGGCACUGACAUCGCCCCCUACUCCUCCUCCUCCUUUUUUCCUUCUCUCUCCCC